GUGCUACUCUAAGUUUAAUGUGAAAGAAAUGUUAUUUAUUUUUCAUUUGAUUGACUAAGUUAUUUUGCUUGUCAUGUGUGAAACUAUAUGGGCUUAGUUCAUGAAUGUAUGCUGUGUAGAUUUGGCCUCCCUCAACUACCUGUUUCAAAAGAAAGUGCAAAAACCAACAGAUUUCCUUUCUUAUUUGGCAAUGAUGUGGUUCAACGGUAUCUUGUGUCUGCUGAUGUUUUAAGAUAUGAUCCUUAGCACACAGUGUGGGUAGUCAGUGAGGAAGCCGGAGAAGACAGUAGUGAUGAGCAAACCAGAUGUGAGUUGAACAUCUUUGUCAUGCCCUCGGGGCUUGGAAAAACUGUUUGGAAAAGGAGAGGCAACGCAGGGUCUGGUUUUGCAACUUUUCAAGGACCCUCUCAGACCAAAAUGGGCGACUUCUUCAACAGCACGUACGCCCCCAACGAGAGCCUCAGCCCUUACCGCUGCCAGUUCGACGAGGACUUCAAGUACAUCCUGCUGCCGGUCAGCUACGGCCUGGUGUUCGUGGUGGGCCUGGUCCUGAACGUCGUCACCCUCUACGUCAUCCUGUUCCGCACGCGCAGCUGGAAGUCCAGCACCAUCUACAUGUUCAACCUGACGGUGUGCGACACGCUCUACAUCCUCACGCUGCCCUUCCUCGUCUACUACUACGCCGACGAGAACGACUGGCCGUUCGGCGAGGCCCUGUGCAAGCUGAUCCGCUUCCUCUUCUACGCCAACCUCUACGGCAGCAUCCUCUUCCUCUGCUGCAUCAGCCUGCACCGCUUCCUGGGCAUCUGCUACCCGGUCCACUCCCUGGGUUGGGUCAGCACGCGACGGGCCCGCCUGGUGUCCGCCUGCGUCUGGCUCGUGGUGUUCGUCUUCCAGGCGCCCGUGCUCUACUUCUCGCGCACCGACGACGACGGCACCGGCGUGGACCGCACGUGCUACGACACCACCAGCGAGGAGCUCUUCGACGACUUCAUGGUGUACACCACGGCCGUGUCGGUGCUGCUCUUCGCGCUGCCCUUCAUGGUGCUCAUGGUGUGCUACGGCCUCAUGGUGCGCAAGCUGCUGGAGCCCACGCAGGUGGGCGCGGGCAUGUCGCACGCCAAGCAGAAGUCGGUGAAGAUGAUCAUCAUCGUGCUGGCCGUCUUCAUGCUCUGCUUCCUGCCCUUCUUCCUGACGCGCAGCCUCUACUACAGCUUCCGCUACCUGGACGAGCAGAUCAGCUGCAGCCAGCUGGAGGCCUCCAGCAUCGCCUACAAGGUGACCCGGCCGCUGGCCAGCGCCAACAGCUGCCUGGACCCCGUCCUGUACUUCAUGGCCGGCCAGGGCUUCCGUAGGAAAAUCACCAGACGGACUAAAUCCAGAACUCCGCAGAAGGUCAAGACCCUGUCCACGCCGCUGUGAUGCUGUGCAAAGGCCUGCUGGGAGGGACUGAGCAGAUGAUGUGAGGACAGGGUCAUGGAUGUAUAAGACUGGAGAACAAUGCACACAGAGCAGAGACCGUUACACUUACAAAUGCACAUCUCUAAACCAUUUGCUGUCCUGUUUCAAAUGGUUGUCAAGUCAUAUGAAUGUUUUAUUUGAUAUAAUUUUGUUUGUUCAAAAGCAAAUUAGUAUUUUCCUUCAGACAGACGAGAAAGAUUACAAAGAGAGUUCAGCAGUUGCUCAUGUAUGCAUCCAUAGUCUGUUCCAAACAGUUUUUAUGGCUGUGUGACAAUGCUGUUUUCUGCGACGUAAAACCAUUGUGCUGCUCUCUUCAUUGUAUAAUCUAUAAAAUAAUACCUUUAAUGUGGAUUGUAAUGCUGUUGAAAGGUUAGACCUACCAUCUUCAUUUUAAUGAAGGCAAGCUCAAGAGACCAACUAUGAUCCAAUUAUACCUGAAGUGUGUAUAGGGACAUGGGGACUCAUAUUACUUGUCCCUGUUGGAAAUCAAUGGGAGAAUCAAUAUCAUUCCCUUUGUUACUCUCCAAAUAGUUAUUGAAAAAAUAUGUAUUUAAUGAAAUAUUGAAUUUGUGUGUAAGAUUCAAAUGCCAUGGUUAUUCUAGAAAUAAUGCUUUUAUGAAAUAUAUGUUUUCUAUCAGGACAAACAUGAAUGUCACUGGAGGGAGUUGAGACAGCCUGUUGUUAAUAAGCCUUGCCAUGCAUCAAAUAUGGCUGAAAUGUAACGACCAGCAGGGGGCCUCAUAAGCAUUCCUUUGUUCAGACUUGUAUUGAAUGUUGUGAAUGUUGUUGUUUUUGUUCAGGAACACAGGGGGGAAAAAACUCCUAGAAUGUUCAGAAAACACAGAGCCAUACACAGUCAGAACUAUUGCCAUAUAUUGUUUCUUUAUUUAAAGAGUACAAAUAUUAUGAAUAUGGAAUAUCAUAAUGUAAUAAAUAAAACCUACAGUUAUGGAGUGA